ACUCAGAGAGCGAGAGAGAAAAAGAGAGAGAGAGAGAGAAAGAGAGAAAGAGAGAGAGAUAUGAGAGAGUUCGACCCAGACAGAGGUAGAAGAGGGAGCCCUGAGGAGCUAAAAAGGGGCAGGACAAACUAGCCACGCGCCUCGCACACACAGACCCACCGGGAGUACAGGUGGUAAUGUUCCAGACGUGGAGAUCAGAACCAAUGGAGAUCAGCCUCUCAUGACAACAACAACAACAACAACUUGACUCUUCCUGAAUACCACAGCACCACGUUCUACCGUACACUCCUUCAAUAGGGACCGGAGAGACAGAUCACCCAGACUUACAGUUGAAGUAUCAUCCCAGACUGGAUAAACAACUAAUUUCCCUUAACAUAGACAUUGUUAUCUCCUCUAAAAACAACCUAAAUAAACCAACUGACAGCUGGAAUUGCAGAGGGAUCAGACUGAGAACUGCCUGGGCCUCAGCUCAAAUGACAAUGUACGGAUAUAGUGGUAAUGUAUGGAUAGAAUGGUAAUGUAUGGAUAUAAUGGUAAUGUAUGGAUAUAAUGGUAAUGUAUUGAUAUAAUGGUAAUGUAUUGAUAUAAUGGUAAUGUAUUGAUAUAAUGGUAAUGUAUUGAUAUAAUGGUAACAUACUGUACAUCUCUGCAUCUAAUCCAAACCAAUAUCCGUCAGGACUAAACCGUGACUCCCAGCAUUGACUCCUGGAUGGAUGGAUGGAUGAGAAUAAUAAAAGAGAAAGAAAGAAAAGAUAUAGAUGACGUAUCGGCCAGUGGCGUCUCGGAAACUCGUAGCUGCUCUUAGGAGUGACCUUUUCUAGAGGGAAAUGUUGUUUCUCACUCCGUCCGAACCAAACGACAGGAAGCUUUGAAACACACGGCCAACCCCGGUCACCCCCUCUUUGGCAUUGUUGAGUCUAAAGAGCUGCUCGCUUUCUCCGCAAGAAAAAUAAUCUGUCAGGGAGAGAUUGCAAUACAGUCAACAGGCAUGUUUGGGUGGCUGGACUAAGAAAGGAAAGAAAGAAUGUUUGGAAGAAAGAGAAAAUAAUCGUCUGGGUUUUGGAGAAAAAUAAAGAUUUCGAGGGAGGGAAGACAGACACAAACAGAAAUAGAAAAGUUUGAUGGUUUCUCACUCAGCCUUUCUCCUUUCGCUGGAGAUUUGAGGUAGAGCACAUCGUUAUUGAUAAAGUGUCUUGGCUGUGAUCCAUGGGAACUGAUCCAGCGUGCUGUGUGUCUGUGGAGCUCCCAGCCUGCUUUAGUCUCCUGGGACAUCCCUGAUACUGUUUCUGGUAGGUCCUGUUCUCCCAUCCGUCACCCUCCCUCCUAGCUAGCUACAUGACUAAGGGACUAAAGGAAAACCUUAAGGAGGAAUACUGAAGGAAGUCUGGGGGGAGAGGUGUCCAGCAGCAGGAGAAGCUGCUAAGAUUUUCCUUAUCCCCACUGGUGAUUCACUUUUUUUGCUCCACUCGCUUCAAAAGAGGACUGUCUGAACUUACUCUGAACGCUCCACAAACGGUGAUCCUCAAACUGACACACAGACCAAACCAGGGAGGGCUGCAGACGGUCUGGGUAGAAGAAGAGACAGAAACUGUGGAGCAAACCAGAGGAGAACAAGAGAGGCUCCAGAACUCCUCCAGCAGAGCAGCAAAGCUCCCCCAGAUCGAGGCAUCUUCCUGGGGGUAGAGAUGGAGACGGAGAGGGGUCAUAUGUCCGUGAGGAGAGGGGUAAGCUGGAGCCCAGGUGGAGGGAGGAAGCCCCUUCAGAAGGUGCAUGGCGGUAACACGGACACCGGCAAAAGAGAAAGUGACGCAUCUUCGGAAAGGCGGGACUACAAAGCGAUCAAAGGACAGGUGACAUCAACCUCCACCAAUCAGCUGACUCGGAAAACCAACCUGACGCGUAGUGCCAGCCUAUCAGAGAAGGAGUUGAAGGAGGCGAGGGUGAGGUCACAGAUCAUCGCGGCCCAGCUGACCGUCCCGUCUGGCUGCUCCAACUCCCGCGGAGUCCAGCUCUUCAACCGCCGCAAGCAGAGGGUCGACGCCUUCACGCUAGAGAGCUGCGGGGAAAGAACGAGAGGAGUGGAGAGAGACGGAGACAACAGGAACAACAACCUGACAUGGGAAGGUGAGAGGGAGGGUCCUAGUGGAGGGACAGAGACAGACAGACAACUGAACUGGAAGAAGGGCAGCGGGACAAAACCACCACUCUGGUCGCCACCUUUUGGAAGUGAGGUCACAGGAAGUGACAUCAUGGAGGACCCAGGUGACGAGCACAUCUACGAGGAAGUGGACGUGAUACAAGAGAGACACUUCCAGCCAGUGAACGAGAGAGAAGAGGAGGAGGAAGAGAGGAGUGGAGAGAGAGAAAGAGAGGAGAUAUACGAGGAUAUUGAGGGUGAAGUGAAGGAUGAGAUUAUAUCAGUAAAUGACAACAACACUGGUCCAGUCAGAGAGGAAGUGGGGAUGAAUAGGGGGUCAUACACAUACCCCACAGCUCCCCCUGAGAGCCGGCGUAAUGGCUUCCACAGCACCCAGGGCUCUGCUGGAGAGAUCCAAAAUGGCGGGCGAGUUUCUAUGUCCCUGUCCAGACAGGCCCCCACCAUCGUCAACCGGACAGCCAGACCCUUCUUCUCCCCACCCACCGUACAGCUUAAGUCCCCAGAGGCCAGGAGUCCUGUCAUGGAUAACAACAUACCUCCAGCUCCCUCCUAUCCUACCUCCACUCCUCCCUCAGCCCCCUCCUACUCCACUCCCCCUCUCCCUGCUUUCACUGCCACUCGCCCUGUCGCCUUCUCCCCUCCGUCUUGCCCUGUCGCCUUCUCCCCUCCGUCUUGCCCUGUCACCUUCUCCCCUCCUCCCCCUCUUUCCUCAUGCCCCAUGUCUCCUCUCCCUGCCUUCCCCAUCCAUCCUCCUCCUCCCUCCCAGUCUCUCUCCAGUCCUCCUCCCAAGUCUACCGUCAUGUUCCCUAGGUCUACACCCGUCCCCCAGUACAACCCUGCUCCUACAGCUGCCCCAGUGUCCCAGUAUCUACCCCCCAACCCUCUUGUCACCCAAUACAUCCCUCCUCCAACCUCCCCCAGACCCAACACCUUUGUCCCCUUCACCCCUCAGCCUAUUGGUCAACAGAACCAGCAGCAGCCAAUCAAAACGGGCAUUCUGGAGAAAGGGGCGGCGGCCAUCAGACGAUCGUCAACAGCCAGGAAGUCCAUGUUCACCUUUAAGGAGAAGCCUGUCAUGGCACCCAACCCUGAACUCCUCUCUCUGGUCCAGGGGAACGAUGAUAGGAAGAAGCACGGCCUCCGCUCCGUUCCCGACUCAGCCCCAGAGGAGGAGCUGCUGGCUCUGGGGGCCGAGGCCUCUAACUUCUUAGCCAAGGAGGAGGUGAAGGCGGAGGCUGCCAACGUGCCGGAGUGGUCCUCCUGUCUCAAGAGCUCCAGAACCAGGGAACCCAGGGAGCAGCACCAGCCAGAGCAGACCCUGACCAACGCAUCAGGGAAGGGGGCCGAGCUGUUCGCUAAGCGCCAGUCGAGGAUGGAGAAGUACGUAGUGGAGAAACAUAAUGUGUCCGGUGGUGGAGGUGGCCAGAUGAGGUCUCCAUCUCCCACCGCAUCUCUGCCGCCGUCUUGGAUCUAUCCAUCUAAUAUGCCUGGCCGGGUCAAAGCUAUUGCUAACAACACUGACCUCAGCGCCAGGCUGACACGGACCCUCCAGACCCCUCAGCCUGGGAACAGGAGGCCCAGCCAGCAGGCUUCAACCCCAGCCCCGGUCCUUGCAGAACCACCCCUAGAGUACGGCUGCACCAAGAUAGAGAUGGACCUCUCCAGGCACCAGCCCUACCAGCUCAACUCCUCCCUGUUCAUCUUCAACCCAGUCCAGGACUCUGCCAGCACCGUGCUGAGCGCUCUGCCCCGAGUGGCCCCUCCACCACCCAAACCCCUGAUCUCAUCUGAGGCCUACUCCAGGCAGGCCUACCUGCCCUCCUCCAACCCUCAGUCACACAAGUACAACAGCCUGCCUCGCUUCAGGCCUACCAUGUCCCCGUCACUUCAGCCCCCAUCAGGAGGAAUUAGAGGUGGGGAUAAUUAUCCUCCACAGCACGGGGGGACUCCACAGCUGAGGGACCCCAGGAUCACCUCUCCUGUCUCUGCCUUCUCUCCGGAGAGAGUGGCCUCUCCUCGGUCGAGCGUCCAGGCACCCAGACCCACCUUCUCUGCCAAGAGGGCAGGGAUCGAACCCCAGAUGAGGAAGGAGUCCCCUCCGACCCCCACCACCACCCCCACCAGGACACCGCAGUUCACCCGUCGGUUCAGCAGCCCGGAGGGACCCCCCACUUCCAGGCCCCUCCACCAGGCGACAGCCACCUCCCCUGCAUCCCCACCGUGGGAGACGAGGUGCAUGUCACCCACGGUGGUCAACCAAACCACCAAACCCUUCUCCACAGCCUCUUUAUCCAGGCCUAAACCAUCCACUACCACCUCACCUAUAUCGUCUGUACCUCCCUGGGGGUCCCGCUGUCAAUCCCCUAACAUCAACCAGACAACCAAGCCUUUCUCCACCACCAUCUCCAACUCUUCCUCUUCCAGACCCUCUCACCAAGGCACCAUCACCUCUCCUCUCUCCCCCUCACCCCUAUCCCCUCCCUGGGGUUCCAGAUGCCAGUCUCCCAUCGUCAGCCCCAACAACUCCAAGGCAAACCAUCGCCUGUUAGCGAAGAACAUCAUCAACGCCGCCAAACGUAAAAACAGCCCGUCCCCAGGUGCUCUGAGCGGCCACAACCUCCCAAUCUCCCCGCUAGGUGACAACACCACCCACCAGCACCACCAGGGCUACGACCACCAGCACCACUACAGCAGCUCCAAACCCCCCUUCAGCCCCUACCAGCCCAGGGCCAUGGGGUGCCAGUCUCCACCCUUCGCCAGCCCUCCUCCCACCCCUACAGGGGUGAUCCGGUCCCCAGUAAGGCUCUACAACACCAGGUCCCUCACUGACUCGGAUGCUUCGGUGGAGUCGGAGGACUCUGGGCUGAGGUCUCCAGGACUGCAGCGUACCCACAACACCUGUCCCCGGGGCUGGGGCGGCAGCCUGAGGGUGAAGAGGGGUAGUGUUGGCACCGACCUAUAGGGGGAGCCGGGGAGAGAGGGUCAAGAGAACGGACCACUGAGCUUACCCAAUAAGAGAAGAAGAAAACCCAGAGAGGACAUUGAUACGGGGACUGGUGGGUUUUGGGUAAUUUUUUAUUUCAUUGAUGUAUAGGAGCAUCUAAGAUGGAGGGCUCAGAGCUUGCCUCAGGUGAGAUAUGGAAAGGACUUUUAAAGGAACUGAUCUUGUGUGUUUGUUGCUUUGGAGCCUCCAGGAGUAAGGGAAAAUAAUGGUGACCACACAGUAAAGAACCUGAUGCCCUUACAACGCAGCUGGGACAUAGAAGCAACCUGUCUGGUGAUUCUAAAGUCAACUAAAACCCACUGAUUUGGCUGGCAGGCUAUAGAGUCCAGAACCAUCAAGCUCAGAGCUAGCUCAACAGUGGGAUUACUGAGAGGAGAUAGAAGGGACAAUUCACUGUUGCCUCUGCCUCUCAUUCUUACGUUUUUUAAAAAUACUUUAUACAUUUAUUUCACAAAAAAAAAGGAAAUGUAAGUAAUUCUAAAAUCCAAAGCGACCUGUCUACAAUUUUAUAUUUGGACCUUGUCUUUGAAAAAACGAAAUGUAUUUUAUUCAGGAAUUGCUGAAAUGUAAAACUAGCUUACUUGCAUUUGACUACGACAAAAGUUCCAUUGAAAAAUACAAUUAUUACAGUAGCUUACAUAUGUUUACUCUAAAUAAUAGUUUAUUCUAAAUCUAAGGGCUAGAAGAAAAAUACCAAAGAUAAUAUCUGGAAUGAUGUUUUCAAAACAGUGUUACACUUUUCAUCCCCCACAUAAGACAUUAAUGAUGUGAGGGCGUAGAUAGGCCCUUUGCAGUUAUUCCGUAUAUAUAUAUAUAUAUAUAUAUAUAUAUUUAU